GGUUAUGACUCCCAAGUAGUGAUCUACGGAGCUAACCUCUUUUUCUAACCUUCUCUUUCGCACUGCGCGCCAUUUUGGCAGAAAGUGUAACAAAGUACAAAGCAUCUGUGGGCAGUCACACAUUUGUGAUCUGUGCAGGCAAAUUAUGAAGAUUUUUCAAUGAGUGACGCAAUGAGUGAGAAUUUAGAGAACAUUAAUCCGAAACUUUACAAGAAAUUGGAUGCUCGAGAAAUUACAGCUGAAGAGCAUGACGAAGAUGUUGCGGAUGAAUUUGACGCGCGAGAGAUUUUCGAUAUAAUUAGGAAUAUCAACGAUCCAGAGCAUCCUUUGACUUUAGAGGAAUUAAAUGUGGUGGAACAGAAUCUCAUUGAGGUUGAUGACAAAAGGAACAAAGUGGAUGUAAAGUUUACACCUACAAUUCCACAUUGCAGUAUGGCUACUUUGAUUGGAUUGUCAAUUCGAGUACAAUUGUUACGCGCAUUACCUGCUAGGUUCAAGGUUAGUGUGGAGAUAUCCCCAGGUACUCACUUUUCGGAGGCAGCAGUAAACAAGCAACUUGCGGAUAAGGAAAGGGUGGCUGCGGCUUUAGAAAAUUCUAUGCUACUUGGUGUGAUUAAUCAGUGUUUGGCACCGAAAAAUUAGUGAAUUUAUUACAAUAUGGAAUAGUGAGGGAAAGGUAAAAUGAAAUAUGCAGCACAUAGAAAGUUAAUAUAAUCUAUUCUGUGCAGCCACGCGUGUGUUGUUUGAUGCACUUUCUUUGUGGUGGAAAUUAAAAUAAUAACUAUCGCCAAUUAGGGGGUCAUCACAUUGAUUCGCUGUAUUCUUUCAUUCAUUUUAUAUAUGUAUAUAUGUAUAUAUAUCGCAAUUAAAAAAAAAUAUAUAUUUAUCUGUACAAUUUUCCGAUAUCAUACACUACGUGCUGCUCCGGUGAUACUAUAUACUUCAUUAAUGUGUUAAGUCUAAGCCGCUCCUUAAGAAGACAUCAUUUGUCCAUUUCCAUUAAUGCGGAUUAACUUUAAUCUCGAUUCAACUUACCUCUUAUCUAUUUCAUUCUAAUGAAAAGAUGAAGAGCAAAUUAAACCGAGAGUAAAAUUAAUAAACAUCGGUAAAAGUGGACCGGGUAGUUAAUCGCGCGAACAAUGCCUCGCAAAUCAGAAAAUACGCGUUUCCCUCGCACAUCUAUGUAGAUCUAUACAAAUCUAUGAUAUGUCAUUAAGGAACGAAUCAAAUUGCAUACGGUCUAAAUUUCACUGGCUAAAAUGUGUAGCCUAAUCCUUCGUCGAAAAAUAUACUUAAAAAUAAUCUCCGUCCCGUAAAAUAUAUCCUAUAUUGCAUCGUUCCCUCUAACCGCGUGUAUAUCGUGUUUUCUACGAACGCGAUGAUCACGGGCAUUAUAGCCCCUCUGAUGAAUUUUUUAUGGCUAGGCUAUCGGUAGGACGUGACUACUUAUGUAGUUUGUGCUGCUUCGCAGUAUUCGUACGAUCAACGAUUAUAUGCUCUGACACGUGUCACGAAAUCUAUCUAUACCUUUAAUUUUGACAUGACGCAAAGUAGCAAAUAACCUGCUUAAGCUCUAAAAAUAGAAUACUUGCGUUCAAUUGCGAAUCAUCUAUUUCGCAACACGAUGGUCGAGAGAAUUCGUCAAAGAUUUUAAGUAUCAUAAGCAGAUUGCGGACUUUUAUACAAAUACGUAAGAAAAUGAACAGAAAAGUUUUGUCGAGAAAAAGUAUCUUUUUAUUAUACGUCAAUAAAAAAAUUGCGUUUCUUUUUAAUUGUAUUUAAUUGCUGUUAAUUUAUUUUUCUUAUACUUUGUGAAUCUAAAACUCAAAGUUAGAAUAAAAAUGGCGUGUCGUCUUUAUUUCAAUAAAUUAAGACAAAAAUUUCUCUCUUCCAAGAUAAUUGAAAUUCUAAAAUACCGAGGCAUUAAUUAAUGAUGAUUCCAUGUAUUUGCAUAAACGCCUGCGUUUUUAAUCGCGAAUAAUCGCGUCUCAUUGCCGCAUUAUGUUAUGUUCCCUUAUUAUACAGUUAACACAAUGUAACAUUCUAAUUUAAAUACUUUUGCAAAUGAAAA